UCUUGUUGAGAGUAUCCCUUUUCGGGAGGUACUUAUACCAAAUCACUCGUCACAGCCUAAAUUUUGUAUCCUGGAAUUCAAUGCUCAAAAUUACAUGCCACUCCUUCUCUCUCUCCCUCCCUCUCUCUCUCUGCAAUGGCAAUAGCAAUAGAUCAGCAAUGCUGCUACAGAGUCUGAGAUAAAACUGAGAAUUUUUGUGUGUGUGAGAAUCAUGAGCGAAGAAGAGAACAAGGGUUGUGCUUUUCUGGGAACCAACUCCACCUAUUCAGGUUUUCUUCUUGACCCUGAAAAAUGUGGUAUGCUGAGUUUGCCAGACAAACAAAGACUAGUCCAUGAGAUUGCUCGGCAGUCAAAAGAUGCCUCAAGUAUGCUUCAGUCAUUUACACGUAGGGAACUUCUAGAAAUAAUCUGUGCUGAAUUAGGCAAAGAGAGGAAGUACACAGGAUAUACCAAGAGUCAAAUGAUAGAACAUCUUCUGAAGAUAAUUUCUAAGAACUCCAACUCGCACAUCAAUGGAAAUAUGCCCUCUCAAUCUCCUGCCAAAAGUUGCAUUGGAACUAAAAGGAAAAAAAAACCUGCAUCUCAGGAUUUACAUCACGCUCCUCUAGGGAAUAGUAAAGAAAAAACAGUGAAAACCUUUUUGUGUCAAAAUGUUGCAUGCAAAGCUACAUUGAAUCCUGAAGAUUCUUUUUGCAAGAGAUGUUCUUGUUGUAUAUGUCAUCAUUAUGAUGAUAACAAGGAUCCUAGUUUGUGGUUGACCUGCAGUUCUGAUCUUCCCAAUGAGGAGUCAUGUGGAAUGUCCUGUCAUUUGCAAUGUGCUUUGAGUAAUCAAAUGUCUAGCAUUUUGAAGGGUAGUUGUGGUAUUAAGUUGGAUGGAGCCUUCUGUUGUGUUUCUUGUGGAAAAAUUAAUGAACUGAUGAAGACAUGGUGGAAGCAAUUAUUAGUUGCCAAAGAAGCAAGAAGAACGGAUAUACUCUCUUUGCGAAUAUCCCUGGCCCACAGAAUUCUUGUAGGAACAGAAGUCUACAAGGAAGUGCAGAAAAUUGUAGAAACUGCUCUCAAAUUACUGGAGAAUGAAGUGGGAUCACUUGAUCAUGUAUAUGCUAGUAUGACUCGUGGAAUUGUGAGCAGGCUUUCAUGUGGUGCUGAGGUUCAGAGAUUGUGCUCUUCUGCUCUUGAAUGUUUUGAUUCAAAGUUUUCUGGUCUUUUCUCUAUUUGUGUGGAAAACAAAGAUGCACCAACAUGUUCCAUUCAUUUUGAAGAGUGUCUUCCUACUUCAGUUGUUAUUGUGCUCGAGUACAAAGACAAACUUUUAAAGAAUUUUCUAGGCUGCAGACUUUGGCACCGAAUAUCAACAAUAGACUACCCUGAACAACCCACCUUCAUUGUCUUGAGGCCCGAGAAAAGAUUCAAGUUAGAAAACCUCCAUCCUUCAACUGAAUACUUUUGCAAGGCUUCUCUGUUCAGCAGCACAGGGAUCUUGGGUGCUGCAGAAGCUAAAUGGGUGACACCUUGUGAACCCUCCAACCCUUUAAAAGUUAUCAGUGGCGGUGGGAAUCGCUUUAGAUGGUCCCCUCAAAGACCCUCAGGUACAGGAGUGGACAUGUGUACACAGGACCGAAUAACUGCUGAAAUUCAUCCCACAGAAUCUGCCAACUCCGACAUGAAGUUAUCAACUGGAGAACAUCCUGGGAAGAAACACAUCAUUCUGAACAUCAGGAGCAGGUUUGAAGAGUUCCUCUCCAAGCCUCAACCAGUAGAGCCUUUUUCAUAUAAAAAUCUUGCUGCAGUUUCACCUUCCACGCCUUCCAAGUCCUAUGAAAUGAGGCAAAUUCCUGGUUUGAAUUCUAGGAAGCGCUCGAAGGAGAACGAUUACGAGUAUUCCGUCAGGGUAGUCAAAUGGUUAGAGCAUCAAGGGCACAUAGAUGAAAUCUUCAGAGUAAGAUUUCUCACUUGGUUCAGCCUGAAGGCUAAUCAGCAGGAGAGAAGGGUGGUUAGUGCUUUUGUUGAUGCAUUGAUUGAUGACCCAGCAAGCUUAGCAGACCAGCUCAUACACACUUUCAGCGACGAGAUAUGUUGCGAGCAAAAAUCUUAGUGAGAAUAUGUUCUACAUUAAAUAUUUGUUUUGGUCUGAGUCCACCAAGUCUAUAUGGCACUGGAAGCUUGGAUAGAAAAUUUGUAACGCUUUGUGGGAGUUAUAGGUAUAUUCCAGGGUUUUCAAGUGUUCAUUUGUUCUUUAACGGGGGAAGUAGUUUAAGGUCUCUAUACCAUUUAAGUUUCGAUUACUUAUUGUGCAGUGGACUGAUUGUUGGAUAGUGGUGCAUAAUGACUAAUUCUUAGUUAUUACAUAUCCCUUACCAAA